CUCCACCUUAGCGCGCCCCAGGUAAGGACGUCCCUUUCCAUCCAGCCUCUCCCUCCACCCCUCCUCACCGGGACAUGUACGGCAGCGCCAGAGCCGCCAGCCACAUCGACAGCAGCCCCUCCCGCUCGCCACGCCUGCCUCGCUCGCCCCGCCUCGGGCACCGGAGGGUCCACAGCGGGGGGGGCGGCGGGGGCGGCGGGGGGGGCGGCAAGACGCUCUCUAUGGAGAACAUCCAGUCUCUCAACGCCGCCUACGCCACCUCUGGGCCCAUGUACCUGAGCGACCAGGAGGCUGUGGGCUCCACCGCCACCUACCCCAAGGGCACCGUGACCCUAGGCCGCGCCUCCAACCGGGCCAUGUAUGGAGGUCGGGUCACCGCCAUGGGCAGCAGCCCCAACAUCGCCACAGUGGAGCUGGGCCACCACCACGCCGACCUGCUCUCCUACAGCGACCUGGGCUCCCUGUCCAUGCUGCAGCACCACCACCACCACCAGCAGGGGCUGCCCUCGGCACUGCUGCGGCAGGCGGUGCGGGGUGGGGGGGAGCUGCUGGAGAUGCAGGCCCAGCUCAGGGACAUGCAGAGGGAGAAUGAGCUGCUGAGGAGAGAGCUGGACCUGAAGGACAGCAAGCUGGGCUCCUCCACCAACAGCAUCAAGAGCUUCUGGAGCCCCGAGCUGAAGAAGGAGAGGGUGAUGAGGAAGGAGGAGGCGGCAAGGACCUCCAUCUUGAAGGAGCAGAUGAGGGUCACCCACGAGGAGAACCAGCACCUUCAGCUCACCAUCCAGGCCUUGCAGGAUGAGCUGCGUACCCAGAGAGACCUGAACCACCUGCUGCAGCAGGAGAACCGGCUGGGCUCUGACCACUUCACCUCCAUCGAGCUCAACGAGGACAACUUCCGCCGGCUGCAGGCGGAGCACGACCGUCAGGCCAAGGAGCUGUUCCUCCUGAGGAAGACCCUGGAGGAGAUGGAGCUGAGGAUUGAGACCCAGAAACAAACCCUGGGCGCCAGGGACGAGUCCAUCAAGAAGCUGCUGGAGAUGCUGCAGAGCAAGGGCCUGCCCCCGGGGCCUGGCCGGGGGGUGGAGGAGGAGGAGCAGGAGCGGACGAGACGCAUCGCGGAGGCAGAGGCUCAGCUGGGACACCUGGAGGUCAUCCUGGACCAGAAGGAGAAGGAGAACAUCCACCUCCGAGAGGAGCUGCACAGGAGGAACCAGCUGCACCAGGACCCAGGGAAGACCAAGGCUCUGCAGACCAUCAUAGAGAUGAAGGAUACCAAGAUUGCGUCUUUGGAGCGCAACAUUCGGGAUCUGGAGGAUGAGAUCCAGAUGCUGAAAGCAAGCGGUCUUCUGAACUCUGAGGACAGGGAGGAGGAACUCAAACAGAUGGAGAUCUACAAGAACCACUCCAAGUUCAUGAAGACCAAGAUCGACCAGCUGAAGCAGGAGCUGUCUAAGAAGGAGUCAGAGCUGCUGGCUCUGCAGACCAAGCUGGAAACGCUGAACAACCAGAACUCCGACUGCAAGCAGCACAUCGAGGUGCUGAAGGAGUCGCUCACCGCCAAGGAGCAGCGAGCCGCCAUCCUGCAGACAGAGGUGGACGCUCUGCGCCUGCGUCUGGAGGAGAAGGAGUCGUUCCUAAACAAGAAGACCAAGCAGCUGCAGGAGCUGACGGAGGAGAAGGGCUCCCUGGCCGGGGAGAUCCGGGACAUGAAAGACAUGCUGGAGGUCAAGGAGAGGAAGAUCAACGUCCUGCAGAAGAAGAUUGAGAACUUGCAGGAGCAGCUGAGGGACAAGGACAAGCAGCUGUGCAGUCUGAAGGACCGGGUCAAGUCCCUGCAGACAGACUCCAGCAACACGGACACGGCCCUGGCCACCCUGGAGGAGGCUCUGUCUGAGAAGGAGAGGAUAAUCGAGCGACUGAAGGACCAGAGAGAGAGGGAGGACAGAGAGAGGCUGGAUGAAGUUGAAUCCUACAAGAAGGAAAACAAGGACCUCAAGGAAAAAGUCAACACUCUGCAGGUGGAGUUAACAGAGAAGGAGUCCAGCCUGAUAGACCUGAAGGAGCAUGCCUCGUCGCUGGCUUCCUCUGGGCUGAAGAAGGACUCCAAGCUGAAGACCCUGGAGAUUGCAAUCGAGCAGAAAAAGGAGGAGUGCAGCAAGCUGGAGACACAGCUGCAGAAGCAAGCUGAGCAGCUUUUCAGUCAGAUGAACAACCCUCAGAAGGCCCACGAGGUGGAGCAGCAGGUGGGGUCCCGGGGGGCACCAGAGUACGGGGAGCGGGUGAAGCAGCUGGAGAAGGAGCUAUCCUUCUACAAGGACGAGUCAGGCAAGGCUCAGGCGGAGGUGGAGAGACUGCUGGACAUCCUGAGGGAGGUGGAGACAGAGAAGAAUGACAAGGACAAGAAGAUUGCAGAGCUGGAGAGGCAAGGCAAGGACCAAGUAACCAAGAAGGGUCCAAACAUCAAGCUGGGGCCUCAAGUGGAAAAGAAAAUCAUAGGUCAAGACCCUCGCAAGGACAACACCAUGGAUAGUAGCCAACACGUGAAGCUGGAGGAGUUGAUGAACACGCUGGAGAGGACCAGGCAGGAGCUGGAGGCCACCAAACAGCGUCUCUCCUCCACGCAGCAGUCCCUGCACGAGCGGGAUGGACACCUGACCAACCUGAGGCAGGAACGCAGGAAACAGCUGGAGGAGAUCCUGGAGAUGAAGCAGCAAGCCUUGCUGGCAGCCAUCAGUGAGAAGGAUGCUAAUAUUGCCCUGCUGGAGCUGUCUGCUUCCAACAAGAAGAAGAGCCAGGAGGAGGUGCUAGGGCUGAAGAGGGAGAAGGACAGACUGAUGCACCAGCUCAAACAACAGACCCAGAGCAGGAUGAAGCUGAUCGCUGACAACUAUGAGGAUGACCACUACCACCCCCACUCUGCCCCCCAGCCCUCCCACCCCCAGCCCUCCCAGCCCCAGUACCCCCAGCCCCAGCAGCAGCCCCCAUAUCCUCACGCCCCCCACCCUGGACACCCCCAGGCCCCGUCCCAGCACCCCCACCCUGGACACCCCCAGGCCCCGUCCCAGCACCCCCACCCUGGACACCCCCAGGCCCCGUCCCAACAUCCCCACCCUGGACACCCCCAGGCCCCGUCCCAGCACCCCCACCCUGGACACCCCCAGGCCCCGUCCCAGCACCCCCACCCUGGACACCCCCAGGCCCCGUCCCAGCACCCCCACCCUGGACACCCCCAGGCCCCGUCCCAACACCCCCACCCUGGACACCCCCAGGCCCCGUCCCAACACCCCCACCCUGGACAUCCCCAGGCCCCGUCCCAACACCCCCACCCUGGACACCCCCAGGCCCCGUCCCAACACCCCCACCCUGGACACCCCCAGGCCCCGUCCCAGCACCCCCACCCUGGACACCCCCAGGCCCCGUCCCAACACCCCCACCCUGGACACCCCCAGGCCCCGUCCCAACAUCCCCACCCUGGACACCCCCAGGCCCCUCCCCAGCACCAACAUGGAGGGCCCAGACCACAGCAGCCUCACCCUCAACAACAGCACCCCCAACAACACCCUCAACAGCACCCUCACCCCCAGCAACACCCCCAACAACACCCUCACCCCCAACAGCACCCCCAUCCUCAACACCCUCACCCCCAACAGCACCCCCAUCCUCAACAGCAGCAUCCGCACGGGCCGCCUCAGCAGGGCCCGCAUCCCCACCACCCCCCUCACGGACCUCCUCACUCUCAGCAACCACGCCACCCACCCCCCCAUCACCGAGGAGGCCCCGCCCGAGGACCCCCCCACGCAGGGCAUCGCCCCUCCCCUGACCAGGAUGAUGAGGAGGGGAUCUGGGCGUAAUCCUUGUCUAUGACAACUAAAGCUUUGAUGUUGUUCUGAGGGAUGAUUCAUUCACCACUGGAGCAGCGCAGGCAUGCCAUGAUGCUGAAACACAUCGAGUACCUGACCAAGUCUUUGUUUGUUAAUUCCACACUCUACAUUGGGGCCUUUAUCUUUACUGAGGAGGAGG